UGUAGCUACAGAUGGAUCGCCUAAGUGUUUGUUGACAUUUCACAUUACGUUCACGUCAACUAGAAAAAAUGUGUAAAUCACGUAAAACUAAAAAAUAUAAACAUAUAUUAUAAUUUUCCUCUUAAAAAAAUGUUUUAUUUACAUACCAACAAUAUUUACAAUUAUUUGUAUAACGGAUAAAACGAAAACAAAAAAUGUUUAGUAAAAAAUCUCAUUUGGACGUCAAAAAAUCAACAUCAAAAAUUCAGGACAUCAAAAAGGAUUUAACUACACGUUUGAAGCAUUUAAAAAUAAUUUUGGAUAAUGUCGAUACUGCCGAAGCGAAAGGAAUAUUUGAAACAAAUUUCAGUCAUGUGUAUCAUAUACUUUAUGAGUGUUUUAUGGAGGCAGAGACGCAUUUGAGGCAAAGGGAGCUGUCGUUUCACUUAGUACAUAAGGCUCACAAAGAAGAAUUAGAAUGCGUGCUAUGGAUACUGGAACAGAUUCUUUCGCUUUUACCCGAACUGCUGCACAAACGGUGGCAAAUACAUUCCUUAGGACGCAUUUUGGCAAAACUGCUGCAUCCUGGCAACACUGUACGUCUCCGGCGCCAAGCGAUAAAAUAUUUUCUGAUGUGGUACCAAGCGUUAGAUGAAAACGCGCCCGAUUACGUUCACGAGAUGUACGCGUCAUUGGUCCCCGGUUUCGCCAACAGUACAAAUAUACUUACGCAAAGUACUAGCAGCAUAUUUCACGAUGCUACACAGCUGCCUAUACAACCUGCCGAAAUACUACCCAUUCUACCACCCUCGAGUGGAGAAAAACUGCCAGAGCAUCCCAGUAAACUAUUUUUAGAAACAAUGUUAGAUUACAUGGUUAGCACGGUUGUUCGUUUGGAGUGGCAGGAUCGUAUGUCGAGGUAUCACCGCUGCUUUAAUUUCUUAUUAGAAAAAUUUAAAGUUUACUAUCUGCCUAAAUUGUGCCCGAACUUUUGCUACGAAACUUCGUUGUACAACUUGAACUUGGAGCUGCCAACUACGAGGAAAGCAGAGGCGGAUAACGAAUUUGUAGCAUGUCGAGUGACACUUAUAAAAUGGGUAGCUACCUAUAUGCAACACAUUAAAAAAGCUACGGAUCCAAAUUUAACUUCAAUAAGCACGCAGACUAUCCCGUCCUCCCACAUUACGGCGUUACAUGAUGAAGAUCAGUUGGAAUCGGCUCAUCCCAGUCUAGACUACUUGUCAUUGCAGUCGACGAAAGCAGCUAGUGAUGAAGACUUGGCAGCACAGAUCGCUAAAGAAGUGCUGUGUAGCACGAGGGAUAAUGUGAAUUUCGUUCAUGAAAUUUACCGACAAGCGUUCUUACUCAAUUUCGGACACACGAUCGCCAUACGAAAAACCAUAUCGGUGUAUAAGGACUUGAUUCAGUCGAAUAUUCCCGAAUUGCCGCCGUAUAUUCUCGAGCCUUUAGACGAUUUACCGCGCGCGUCCGAUGAGCCCGGAGAUGGGCAUCGGCGGCUUAGGACCGAUUCUUAUCUUGGCGCCAUACAUAAAGAAAAUGUGUUGGUUCGCGCAGGUUUGCAGAGUGUUUUGCAAGCAUUCAUGACGCAUGCGGCGAAUGUGUUCUUGUUGGAAGUUAGUGCACACUUUCCUACUAUGUUAGAAGAGCAGACGGACGCUUGCAAACGUGUUUUAAAUAUUUAUCGUUAUAUGGUGAUGCACACAAGAAUGGACAGUAACACGUGGGAACAGCUUCUGUUGGUCUUGCUCCAAAUUACCUCACUGGUACUCACCGAAAUCCCUGUAAAAAAGAAGACCCAAACUUUAGGAGGAAAAUUAGCCCCCGCGAUUUUUCAAACUCUAAUCGUGACAUGGAUCAAAGCUAAUCUGAACGUAAUGAUAUCAAGAGAACUGUGGGACCGGUUUGUACAGGUUCUCACUUCCCUCACGCGUUGGGAGGAGUUAAUAAAGGAAUGGGCGAAAACUCUCGACACCUUAACGCGCGUAUUAGCGAGGCACGUUUAUAAUUUGGAUCUGUCUGAUUUGCCUCUGGAUCGUUUAUCUGACCAAAAAUCGCGUAGAACAAGGCGUAGCAUUGGCCGACCGGAGAGUAGCACACCAUGUGGAACGAGUGACACGGGCCAUCAUCCGGUUUGUCGACAAGAUUCCACAGUGCCAGAUGGGCAGAGUUUGACUAAACGAUUACGACCUGGGUUAACGAGAAGUUUUAGUGAAACAAACUUGACUAUGAAAAGAAAAUUACAACGGAUGGAUCGGCACAUAAAACGUUCCCGCUCGCUGGAUACUUUACCACAACCUGACGUCGAGUCAGUUGACAGAACGCGAUCGCCUAGUCCAGCGCCAUCCAGUGGCCUUGAAAGUACCUCCAUUAAAGAUUCGCCGAUCCAGUUAGACGUUUUGGCAACAGAAAAUAAUUUGCAGGAAGUGUCCGGCGAACAUCGUGGUGUUGUAUGUGGCGGUACGGUUCGUGGUUGGCUACCAGAUGUUGCCGUUGUGUUGUGGAAACGUAUGUUAGGGGCCCUUGGUGACGUUAAUCAGAUAGCCGAUCCUAAGUUACACGCUCAAGUAUUUGACUACUUUGUUAAAUUGAUCGAUACGCUUAUUAAAAUUAAAAAUAAUCAAGGUGUUUCUUCCGAUAAUCAAAGUACUCCGCCAUCACCCGAGCUGGUACCGCCACUAACUCUGAUACUACCUUGGUGUUUUGAAGCGCUCAAUCUACCAAGUUCGUACGAGCCGGGAAAGCUGAGCGCUCUUCGGUUACUGUGCACCAUUACUCUCAACUGUGAUCCACAGCAUAGAACAUAUUUACCACAUUUUUACAGAUCUCUGCAUAUUGCAUUGUGUGGAAGUUCAAAGUCUGCACUAAAUACUGUCCUGCGAUACUUGGGACCUCGAUUUCUUUCCUUACAACUGCCAGGCUCAUCUUUGUUGCUACUUGACCUCAUUCAAGCAUGUAAUAGUGUUCUAAAUUCAAAUGAUAUCUCAUCGGCCACGCCUCGAUCUGAAGCAGUAUCUAUUUUAUCUAGUCUAUUAAGUUUUCCGGAUGAUCUGAGCCAAAUCUUAGUGCUGCAGCCUGAACCUAACAUACAGAUGAUGCCAUGUCCUGAUAUAAAGGAACAUGUGGUUACAAUUCUUUUGAGGGCAGGCCGACGAGAGCCUACUGGAAUGGCGCGCUGUAUAUCUUUGUCUGCCCUAGGAAUGUUUGCUUAUAAAGAAUUGACAAAUGAAACCUUUCAUUCGAAAACGUCCGAAGCGCUUAAUGUUAUUCUUCUAGCGCUAAAGUUCAAUAAUAAAGUGAUAGCGCAGUUGGCGAGUAACAUUUUAUUUCUGCUGUGUGACCACGCGCCAACAAUUUGGAUGCAAUACCCGCGUUUAGGCGAUGCAAUUAUUAGAACGCUAUGUUCGGCGCUCUUCCUUCACGCGCCAUUAGGCUCAACUGCCGGUGAAAAUGAUAAAGCUCUUGGAACGGCUUUAUUGCUGUGCUUGGGAGAAUGGUGUAUGAAAUUGGAGCCGUCAAAGCUUCUGGAGAUCACCGAGUACGUGGACAUCAAAGAAGCCACCUGUCUUUUACUCGUCGUCUUUACGGUAUUGCACAAAAUAAUAACGGGCCAGACAUCUAUGGAGAACAAAGGUGGCUUAACGCAACCAAGUAUGAGUGAGGACUUUGAUCCAAAUAUUCUCCUGGAUAAUCUCGAUAAGUUCUCGCCUUCGUCCUCGCCAUCCAAAAAUUAUCAAUGUCAGGAGGCCAUUGUUUUGUGUGCGAAAUCCGUUCUGAACCACCUAGUAACUCAUUUAGGCCAUUUCCCUAUGGCGAUAGGUGCUCCUCGUCUAAGUUCAUUAGUUGUUGAACACGAUGACGUUCCCAAUCUCAUAUCAGAUGAGCUGUCCGCCAACAUUUUCACUGCUCCAAAUAUUCAGCUGUUUGUGUUAACGCCUAAUGUAAUAUCAAGCUUGAUUGAAUUACCUUCCUUGGAAUUACCGGGUGGUGGCGUUACUGCCGGCCUGUCAACAGCAGAUAGGCAGGUGCGAGUAUUAUUGAGAGAUCUGUCAGGGAAAGCCUGCUGGGACGCUUCCAUUCUGUAUUGUAGUCCCACUAUGCCUACCUUACCUGAGGAAGAAGCUGACUCGUUUUUGACAAUUUCGUCGUCAAUCAACAAAUGGGGGCCAAUGAGUUACAUUCAACCCGAAAGUCUUAUUAUCGGAAACCACAUGCAACCCCACCUUCCUCAGCGGGCAAUGCGGCAUCGCUCCCCCAACGUGUUACCAGAUACUACAAACGCUGCACCAGAUCUUGAUCAGUUGGAUGAUUUGUUGCAGUAUUUAGGCUACACAAGCCCAGAGUGUUUGGAGAGUUUUGAUCAUAAACUUAACGAACCGUCUAACUCGCCUAUAUCAUCUGAAUUAGAACAAGAGGCGAUAGCUGACGUUAUAAGUCAACGUAAUGUGGAAUUGGAACAAAGUCGAAUUACACAGUUCAGCGAAGUGAUGAUGGGCCAGCCUGUUUUACGACCAAAUAGGCAAAGUGUGAGAAUGGGGCAAGCUUACGAAAUCACAUCAGUUCAGCAAGCACCGGCGGGAAUUGUCGAACAGACAGCCUUUCAGCAAUGUCGCCUUUUAUUUUCUCAGUUGGGUUUGGCAGGAUGGGAACGCCGCAAACAUCUUCAGCUACUAAGCAAAACUGAGCGUUUAUUGAGGGAACUUCGGAAUCUCGACACACAGAGGUGCAGAGAAACUCAUAAAGUUGCAGUGAUCUACGUCGCGCCCGGCCAAGAAGAUAAAAAUUCGAUAUUAUCCAAUCAGGGUGGAAGCGUUGAGUACGAGCAAUUUCUCGCUGCGUUAGCCUGGGAGGUUGAAUUAGAGGGGCACACAGGUUUCUUGGGCGGUUUGCAAAGGCAGGGUUCAAAUGGGUUAACUGCUCCUUAUGUUGCGACCAGUUUUCUGGAAGCGAUAUUCCACGUUGCCACCAGAAUGCCGGGCGACACAGCGGAGGCCGUGUUAAAUAAGACCCGCCAUUUGGGAAACGAUGAGGUUCACAUUGUUUGGUCGGAGCAUUGUCGGGAGUAUCGACGUGAUAUUAUUCCUACGGAAUUCUGUGAUAUUCUUAUUACGAUAUAUCCCUUAGGGAACAACCUUAAUAGAAUUACAAUUAAUUGCAAACCGGAGGUUCCUUAUUUUGGUAUUCUAUUUAGCGAGGCCAUUGUGGAAAAUAAUAUACUGGCAGGAUUAGUGAGAGCCGCGGUUAUUUGUGCUAGUCGUGCGAAAAGAACUACAUUACCUUUCUAUCAGCAGUACUAUGAGGAAAGAGCGCGUUCUUUAGAAACAGUAAUGACCAAACAUAAGGAUAGGACAACUUAUGAAGAUUUUAUAUCUCGCGUCUACAGCCCUAUUGCAAUGCCUAGUCCCUUUUGUACCGCAAGCUCCAGCUCUACCGACGGUAGUGAUGGAGCAACGUGUUCAGCUAACACUUCAAUGUUAGCAGCUGCCUUGCUAGAUUCGCACGGCCAUUCGCAUAAAGCUGGUCAAAAAUCUGAUCAGAAGUUCAGAGCGUCCGAUGCAACAAAAGGUGUUUGGUUCAACAACUCGGAUGUAUCGCAAAACGUCGAAUCUACAAGUAUAUCUCCCCGUCCAUUAAAAAAGUUAUCGACUAGUUUAAAAAACGUACCUCGCCGAUCUCUCCGUCAAGAAACAUAUAGCAGUUCACCACCCGAAAGUCCAACACAAAUUAUCCGAAGAAAAUAACAAAAAAAUGUUUAUAGCUUUAAUUUUAAAUAUUAGUUUUAAGCUCUCAGUAUUUUAGGAUUACACAUCGAUCACUAGACUUACACUUCGAAUUUAUUCUUAUUAUCGUAGAAAUGUACACGACCACUAAUUAAACGUAUUGUACAUAUAUAUUAUCAUAGUAUUGCUUUAGUGUAAUAUUUGGAAAUCUCUAAAUGUAAUUAGCGUGUAUAUAAUUUUUAAUAAGCUAAACUUUUAAAAAGAAAAACACCAAUACGGUUAAAUAAGCCGAUAAACUUUAAUAUUUUAUUAAUGAAAUUGUUUAUUUAUUACAUUCCUCACAUAUACUGCAUUUUUCGUUGAAAAUAUGUCACGAUCAGGAAAAUGUUUGCAAACUGGUGUCUUUAAGUUCAAUUGUUUGCGUAUUUUCACAACAAACGCUUGCAUUUACAUAUAUUCCACAUUAUUGUAUGAUUAUUAUAUGUUUAGUUUUCUAUGAUUUUAAAAGUUGUCGUUCACAAUUAAUACUUACCAUACAAACAAUAAAAAUGUAUAAUACAAUACUGGGUGCAACAUGAGGCUUACAAUGUCGGCUUCAUUCAUUGUGUAAUUCAUCAAUAGUACGCAGUAGAUGUAUACCUGCUGCACAAGAAAAUAUGAAUAUGCGAAGUUCAUGGUAAACCUUAUGUUUCUGUAUAAAGACCUUCCCUGUUUUUCAUACAUUUAGUAAUAUUGACUACUUAAUGUUAAUUGUGAAUUAAUAUGUACUUAAUUAUUUGUUGCAGAAAAAAAAAUUGUGAACAUCUGCAACUCUAAACGUUACACUUUUUUAAUUAUUUAUUUAUUAACUUUGACCAAAUAUAUUAGUCUUAGAUUUCUUCUGUUGAUAGUAUUAUUUACAUAGGAAACCAAUUGCAGAACAAAAAAAAUUUGAUAUAAUGCUGAAAAUGUAGUGUCAUGCUGUAAGUGGUUAUUUUCUGUCUACUUAGUUUAUUUCUCGAUUGUUAGUUUUUAAUUAAUAGUGAAUGUUGAACAGUUGUGUAAACACGCUAAUUUUAUUAUUGUUGACGUUGUUAUUAUUGUACCUACUAUGAAUUCAAAAGCAUAUUAUUUUUCGUAAAACUACUUUACCAUUCUCUUUU